UUUCACUCGUGAUCGGAAAUGUUUGGUCCACGCCGCGAAUUUCGUCCUUAUUUGGCAAAGCGCCUCCUUACGACAGUUCUAUAUGGAUCCUGGCUACUUGGCUUAUUCCCUUUCAUUUAUGACUCCAGAAGAUGUCAACUGAGGCGCUCUCGAUGGCUUGUUCUGUAUGGCUUCACCGCUAAUUAUUUCCUUCUGUUCUGCCUGGUAUACCUUGGAUUACACCAGGAUCUAAGGAAACUAGAAGCCUUCGAGCGGAAUCCUGUGCUGGAGUGCAUAAACAUUUUAAUUUCACUGAUGAGCAUAUUUUCAGCUAUUGUGAUAAAUUUUAUGAAUGUUUGGGGAAGCAAGAAAGUAGAGAGAAUCGUCAACGAACUGUUAACCUUGGAAAAUCAGAAAUUUAAGGGAGCGAAAGUAACCAAUUGUCCGAAACUUAACUGCUUUGUGAUUCAAAAAUUUGGGACUAUGGUGAGUCAGAUUACAAAUUUCUUGACGGUCAACUACGCGAUGCCUGGAAACGAGACCCUUGUAUUGGUGGUGCUCCUAAGUUGCCUGAUGCAAAUAUCCGUCAGUUUUAAUAUCAUGCACUACUAUGUCGGGAUACUGCUCAUCUAUCGCUAUGUUUGGAUGAUCAACGGACAACUUAAGGAACUGGUAAAACAAGUUAGACUAAAUUCCACAACAGACACAUCCAAGAUUCGGGAGUUGCUCUCCUUGUACAGUCGCCUCUUGGAGCUAAAUAGAAAACUAAUCGACGCCUACAAAUAUCAUAUGAUCUUAAUUAUGACAUCAUGGCUAGCUGGUAAUAUUGUGGUCAUCUAUUUCUUAAUAGUGUUCGGAAUAAGUAUGCGUAAAUACUCCAUCUUUUUGAUGGUAUUUCCGCAAUCUUUGUUGGUAAAUAUUUGGGACUUUUGGUUGACUAUUUCCGUAUGUGAUCUGACCGAAAAAGCUGCUAGAAAAACCUCAACCCUGCUCAAACUCUUUAUUGAUCUACAGCACAAAAAUGAUCAGCUGGAAAGAAGUGUGAAUGAAUUCGCAUGGUUGUGCAGUCAUCGCAAAUUCGAUUUUCAACCUUGUGGACUUUUUACAAUAUGGGUUUCCAAAUGA